AUGAUUGCUAGUACAUUAACACGUACUUCAGUUAAUCCUCAUCAAUCAUAUUCAACAAUUAAAAAAGAAGCUGCAACACAAACAGAUGAAAUUUAUUAUCCAAGUGCAAAAGAUAUUGAUUUAAUUAUAACACAAAAUAAAAAAUUAUUAAAUGAAAAACUAUUAAAAGAAUAUCGUCCAAUAUUAACAUCUACAAGUUCAGGAAAAGGAUAUUGGCGACAACAAUUAGAUCAUAUUUGUGCUCAUUUAAAAACUUAUGCAGUUAAUCGACCAGAUUUUCAAUCAUUGAUUGGUGAACCACGUAUGGGUAAUAUGAUUCAUGCAACUGUACAUGAAAAUGAAUAUCAAGUAACUAUACAAACAGUAUUUCGUAAACCAGAAAAUCUUUCACAAUCACCAUUUUUUAUUAAUGAAACAAAUGAAUAUUAUCCAAUAAAUAGUGAACGAAGUUCACCAUAUUCAAAUACAAUUUAUUCUGAUAAAGUUCAACGUUUAAUAAAAGAAAAAGCUGAUGUUAAUAUUAAAAAUAAAGAAGGUUAUACGAUUCUACAAUUGGCUAUAUGCAAUGGAUAUUAUGAAUGUUUAGAAACACUUAUCAUAGAUGGAAAAGCUAAAUUAGAUAAAAAAGGACCGCGAGGUAAUACAGCAUUACAUGAAUGUUGUUUAUUAGGACUUGAUGGUGCUGAACCAUUAAGAAUUCUUCUCAAACAUGGAUGUGAUGCAUCUUGGUUAAAUGAUAAAAAUGAAAGUGAUAUUGAUAUAGCAGCAAAACAAAAUUGUCCAGAAUUAUUACAAGCUUUUUCUAAAUAUCAAAGUGAAAAAAUGCUUAAACAACAUAUGAAAAAUUCUUAUGAUGAUCAUACAAGAAUAAAAACUAUUCAUGGUCAUCAUUCAUCAGAAAAAUUAUAA